AUGAAUAUCUUCAUGCGUAAAGAGAUGAUGAUAGCGACGAUGACUGAAGGAAAGCUCAAUCUCCCUGACGAUCUCCUCCUGUCUUCCAAGUCAACCGAUGAACGCCUCUCCUCCUUCAAAGAUCAUGGAGGAAUUGGUGAGGACAAGGCUCUGUUGAGUUUGCCUGACGAGUCCAAAGAUCAACUUACUGCAGACAACACUAUUCCACUUUCUCCACAAUGGCUUUAUGCUAAACCAGUUGAUGCGAAAUCAUCAACUACUGGAGCAUCAGGGGAAAUACGUGCAUCAAAUUCUUUGUCCCAUGGAAACCUCAUUGAUAACAAUUUGAAAGACAAUUGGCGUUUAGAUGGAUCCCAAGACAAGAAAGAUCGAAGGAGGAUUGCUCUUGAUGUUGAAAGCAGCCGCCGUUGGCGUGAGGAGGAGAGGGAUACAGGUUUGCUUGGAAGAAGAGAUCGCAGAAAGGAAGAGCAUCGUGCUGAUUCUGUUUCAACUAGAGAUGUAUCUGAGAAUAGAACUUUGUCUUCUUCAGAUCGUUGGCAUGACAACAAUAACCGCAUUUCUGGGCAUGAAUCCCGAAGAGACACCAAGUGGUCAUCUAGGUGGGGUCCUGAAGAUAAAGAAAAGGAUUCACGAACUGAUAAGAGGGCAGAUGUUGAGAAGGAAGACACUCACAGUGACAAACAAAAUUUUGGCUCUGCUAGCCGCCAAACUUCUGAGCGUGAGAAUGAUUCUCGCGAUAAGUGGAGGCCCCGCCAUCGUAUGGAAGUUCAUUCUGGUGGACAUGCUGCAUACCGUAGUGCGCCUGGAUUUGGAUCAGAUAGAGGACGUGUGGAGAGCUCGAAUGUGCGUUUUGCUGCUGGAAGAGGAAGGGCCAACAGUAGUGGGAACUUACAAAUUGGCAGGCUUCUUACUGCUUCUUCUAUUGGGUCCAGUCCUGUGGAUAAGAACCGUAUAUUCUGCUAUCCUAGGGGAAAACUUCUUGACAUUUACCGUAUGCACCAGCCACUUCCUAGUUCUGAUGCCAUACCGGAAGGGAUGGAGCAUGUAUCUCCAAUAACACAGGAAACUGCUAUGAAGCCAUUGGCUUUUGUAGCACCUGAUGCCGAGGAAGAGACUGUCGCUCGAGAUAUACAGCUGGGAAAAAUAACAACCAGUGGAGGAUCAAACAACUCAUUUAGAGAGAAGACUGACUCUUCAAAUAAUAAUACUUCAGGCUUUGGUGAGGUUACUUUAGGUGAUGGGAAUGAGAGUUCUUCUGUUAAGACCAGAGAAAUUGGAGACUCUUUAGGAAAGAUUCCUGAUAAUGCUUCUGGUCAAAGUACUGGCACUGCGACGUUAGAUGCAUCAACUGCUGAGACAAAGGAUGCGAAUAAAGAUGAUAAACAGAAGCAGACAACAACAAUGGGCACAGCAUUGAUGGAUGGCUUUGCGCCUGCAGUUUUCAUGAAAGACGAUUCCAGCAGUGUUGGGAAGAGUGGUCUGAGUGACAACAUUACGGAGUUGAAAGCUUUUGAAAGACAACCAGUGGCAGAUGUGAUCUUUCAGAAGAACCUUAAGUUGGGGGAUACUGAGCCAGCUACUUCUUUUGAGAUUGGCAGCCAGCUUCCUGAUGAUUCAAGUUCUCUAUUUGAUUUUUCUUCUGCACAGCCAAAUUCAAUCAGCCAUCAGUUUUCCGUGAAUAGCAAUAAUGACAUGCAUCAAUUUGGGAGUACUAUCCCACCCGAGGAGCUAUCAUUGUGCUAUCUGGAUCCUCAGGGGGCAAUUCAGGGACCAUACCUUGGUAUUGAUAUUAUUGCAUGGUUUGAGCAAGGAUAUUUUGGAACUGAUCUGCCAGUUCGUUUGUCAGAUGCUUCUGAUGGAUUACCCUUCCGUGAGCUAGGGGACAUUAUGCCUCAGCUAAAACUUAAACCUGGGUGUGCUUCAAUUGCUAGUCCAUCUGCUAAUAAGUUACAACUGCCUGAUGACAUUGGAGAAAACUUGGAAGGGAGCACGGCGACUCCUGCUUCUCUUGACUUUAGGGUUUCUGUUGCCAGGGAAGACCAGCACUGGGCUUCAUCUGGAUUUGAGCCCAUCUCUGGUCUUAGUGGUCAGUCAAGAGCUCCUGAUUAUGGUUUUCUCAGUGGGGCAGAGCAUCCUAAUGAUCAAAGAUUCCAAAAUGUUGCUCUGGAUGAAGAAAUUGUCUUUCCUGGAAGGCCCGGAAGCAGUGGCAACCCUUUGAUGAGAGAUACUGCAGACAUUCAGAGUUUUGUUUCUAAUCCUUCUACCAACCCUGCCAUCUUAAAUGAAUUUUCAGAAACUGGCAUGCAUACUCAUCAAGAUGAAAUAAUUCAUCCAUUUGGCUUGUCUAUGUCUGAGCUCAGAAGCAACUCUAAUCUGAGGCGUGGUCAAUCAUCCAAUAUGUCUUCAAGCACGGGUGAUGAAUUUACAGCACAGGGUCAUGCUAUGGAUCCUUAUACAGAGCAUGAUGCUGCUUUUGCCAGUCACAAGUCCUUUGAUGCAGUAUCUGAUCAAUCCUGUUAUGCUGAGACAUGGCCUGAAAGUUAUAGGAAAAAGCCACUUGCUAAUCCCCACAUUGAUCUAGGUUCUGCAGAUGCUCGGCACUUAUUGCACAGGCAGCCAGACUUCAAUGAUUUUGACCAGCAGCGCCUCAUGUUGCAGAAGAUCCAAAAUGAACGUCUACAGCAGAAUCAUUUAUCUCAUCCCUUCACACAUACUACAGAACUGGGGUUUGAGCAAAUCCCUUCUCAUCUUAUUGAACUACAAUUUCAACAGCAACAACAGUUGGAGCUUCAACAGCAGCAGCGAAAGUUGGAACUCCAACAUCAGUGGCAGUUGGAGCUUCAACGUAAGCAGCAGUUGGAGCUUCAACAUCAACAGCAGUUGGAGCUUCAACAGCGGCGGCAAUUGGAGCAUCAGCAGCGGCAAUUGGAGCAUCAGCAACAGCAGCGACAGUUUGAGCUUCAGCAGCAGAGACAGUUUGAGCUUCAGCAACAACAGCUUCGUCAGUACCAAAUGAAAUUGCAGCAGCAGCAGGUUCUGGAACAUUUGCUGCAGAAUCAGAUGCCUGAUCUCGGCUAUGGACAGGGAAAGGGAGAUCCAGUGAGAGACAAUUUGAUUGAUCAGAUUCAAUUUAGGACACGACUAGCAGAACUGCAGCAGAAUUCUCAUAAUACAAGGCACCUAGAUCUGUCACUGGAGCAGAUGAUUCGAGCAAAGAUUGGCCAGAAUAAUCUUCAAGAACCUCAGACUAAUAUCUUAGAUUUCUUAUCACAGGUUAAGCAUGGUAAUAUACUCUCUUCAGACCUGCAGUUCCGUCUACAGCAAGAACAAAUGCAGGCACAAGAGUUAUCUUUGGCAAGGCAGCAGUUAGGAAUGGAUGGUGAAAGGCAAUUUGGUGGGCCAUGGUCCAUUGAUGAAACUGGUCAGACCGUCAGAAAUGCUACUGGUCAUCACCAGUCUAAGUCUAUAGGAUUUAACACUUCAGAUUUUUACCUGCAACAGCAGAGGCCUUCCUCACAUGAUGAACAUUUAAGCCAUAUCAAAUGGAACCAUGCUUUACAGGAGCCGCAUCAGAGUGGGUUUUAUGAGCCUAGCUCGAUGGCAUUUAACCAUCUGACAUCUCAUCCUGCUGUCACUCAUGGGAUGAAGUUGGAUAAUGUAAACGGUCUUUCCCAGAGUCCAGAUUCAGCAGAACAUCUAUAUAUGCAUUCUGCUGAUCAACUAGGUUCCUUCUCUUCGAAUAUCCCCUCUCAUCAGCGACAAGUUCUUGAAGAUAUUUAUGCUUCUCAUGCGGAAAUGACGGAGAGCUACCUCUCUGAAAAACAAAGGCAGCAAGAUAAUAGUUGGGUUGAAGGAGGGAUGCAACAGUUGCAUCUUGAAGCUGAAAGAAAAAGAAAUGUUUCAGAAGUUGCUGGAAACUCUAGUAUUUGGACCUCCACUCGAGGAAAUGAGGAGAACUCAAAGCAAGUUUUAAUGGAUCUUCACCAGAAAAUGGGUCUUCAGUCUAUUCAGUUAUCAGAAGAUGAUCGUCACCUUAUAUCUUCUUCUAAAUCUCGGGAAUCCUUCUGGCCAAUCACUGAGUCAUCCUCUUUCAGUCAUAUUCCAGAUCAAGAAAUUGCCAUGGAUGACUCAUUCAUGGAAAGGUCUCAAAAUUUGAAUUCAAAUUAUAUUUUGAAUGAUAAUCCUCCUGCAGCCUUGAGUGGUCAGCUACACCAUCUAGGAAAUGGUGAAAGAUUGUCAGUUAGGUCUAAAUCUGGAGCACUAAAUGAGGAACCAACAUUAUUGUCAGGCAUAAUAGAUAGUUCGCAUGCUAAUCAUGUGGAUAACAGGUUUGGUGCUAAAUCAACAAUAUAUAAAGACUUGGCAGAAUUGGAUAACAGAUAUGGGUCCAAAGGCAUGGGUCCCAUGGCCAGGUCUGUUUCGCACAUUGAAGAAAACUUUGUUGAACAAGCUGAAAUUGCUAUGGAUUUUGUUAAUGCCAAUAGCAGGCAGAGUAGCAGGCAUAGUUCACUUAGCAGUGCUGGUGGUAAUGGAGGCCUACACAGCUAUGAGAUGGGAUUAGAUAAAUCCACUGCCGAAGAGGUUUCUAAUGACAGAAACGGCAUCUGCUUUGCAUACCAAGCAAAAAAUCCGGCAAGCCUUGCAACUUCUGAUGAAAGGAGGAACGAGCCUGUAGAGAAUGCAGCAGCACCCCGGGGAGGUGAUACCCAGGCAUCUGGCAAGAAAGAAGUACGUUAUAGGAGGACCUCAUCUUACAACGAUGCUGGUAUAACAGAGACAUCAUUUAUAGAUGUGCUAAAGAAGCCAGUUUUUACCGAGGCUGAAGCAGCUAAUGCAGCUGCGUUGGAAUCAUCUGAUGCUUCCCUGGCUGGGCGAAGUGGGAAAAAGAAAGGGAAGAAAGGAAGGCAGAUUGAUCCUGCUCUCCUUGGUUUCAAGGUUUCUAGCAAUCGCAUUAUGAUGGGUGAGAUACAACAUCUUGAUGAGUAA